AUGGCAGCCUAUAUCCAGCGCUUGAGACCCUCUGAGGUGAAGCUGAAAUCUGGGUGUUUUCUGCAGCAUUUGUGUUUAGAUGAAGUAUACUGCUUGUCGUCAGUAAGAGAUGCUGCAGCACUGACAGUGUAUUUCCAGCUCCUGGAUGUUCAUUGAAAGAAUUAUCUGAACAAUCUGCCGUUUUACUGCUUUCUCCACUGUGUGACCGACCUGAGUAAGGACCAGGUCAUGCUGCCAUUUGAAUUGCUGGAGCAAAAUGCGAGGGGGAGGAUUUGCUUAAAUGAGUUCUACAUGGUGGUGUGCAUCCUCCUGUCCCAUGAGGUGUGUAGCCUAACCAUCCACUGGCACGCGGGACCUGCCUUUCAGCUGCUGGACGUAGAUGGGGAUAAUAAGAUCGGUUUUAACAUGUCUGAAGCCACAAGGUUUCUCUCCGACAUCCAGAAAUAACUUAAGAAGACAUUCAACGACUUUGAUGUUUCUGGAAAUGAGCAACUGAACUACAGGGAAUUCAAGCUAUUUGCAGUCUUCUGCAUCGACAAACAAUAA